CAUCGGCGGCGGCGGCGGCAGCAGCAGAAGAGGAGAAGGAGGGCGAGGAGGGAGGAGGUCUAUGGCGCAAGAGUGGGCGCCGGUGUAGCCACGACGCUCGCUCGCUCGCUCGCGACGAGACCCGUCCCCGCGCCGUGCCGCGCCGCGCCGCGCCGUGCCGUGCCAGACCUCCGCAGGGGUGCCCGCCGGCUCCACGCGGGGCCCGGCUUGCACGGAGAUGGGCGACGCUUUUCCCGGGACGCGUCCCAGUCUGCAAGCGGGACCCGCUCUCUGAUGCCAGCUCGCAUUUGAACAGGGGGAUCUGUGGAGCGAAAGCAAAGCUGCGUCCCGGGGAUCGGCCGGUGGGCAUGGCUGUGAAUCCGGAAGACGACGACGUACCCCUCAUUCUUACCUUGGAGGAGAGCGGCAGGAACCCCGGAUCCGAGCCGGAGCGGGGGCUCCCCUGUGAAAAUGGAGGCAACUAUGAUGCGAUCAGGGAUAUCCCCAGUCCAGCCUCCGGCGACGGCUACCCUCAGCGGGACUGUGGAAGACACACCUGGGAAAUGAACUACCAGGAGGCGGCCAUCUACCUCCAGGAAGGAGAAAACAAUGAUAAGUUCUUCACGCAUCCCAAGGAUGCCAAAGCGCUGGCCGCCUACCUCUUUGUGCACAACCACCUCUUCUACCUGAUGGAGCUGAGCACCGCGCUGCUGCUCCUGCUGCUCUCGCUCUGUGAGGCGCCCGCGGUCCCCAUGCUCCGGCUCGGCAUCUACAUCCACGCAACUCUGGAGCUGCUUGCGCUGACGGUGGUGCUGUUCGAGCUCUCAAUGAAGAUGCGGUGGCUGGGCUUCCACACGUACAUUCGGCACAAAAGGACCAUGAUCAAGACCUGUGUCCUGUUGCUGCAGUUUGCAGAGGCGAUUGUUGUGCUGGUGCGCCAGACGUCCCACGUCCGGAUCACGAGAGCCUUGCGAUGCAUCUUCCUGGUGGACUGCCGCUACUGCGGGGCCGUCCGAAGAAACCUGCGGCAGAUCUUCCAAUCGCUUCCUCCGUUCAUUGACAUUCUCCUCCUCCUGCUUUUCUUCAUGGUCAUCUUUGCCAUCCUUGGCUUUUAUUUGUUCUCGCCUAACAAAUCUGACCCCUAUUUCAGCACCUUAGAGAACAGCCUUGUGAACCUCUUUGUGCUUCUGACGACUGCAAACUUCCCAGAUGUGAUGAUGCCCUCUUAUUCCCGGAGCCCUUGGUCCUGUAUCUUCUUUAUUGUGUACCUUUCCAUUGAACUGUACUUCAUUAUGAACUUGCUGCUUGCGGUCGUUUUCGAUACUUUCAGUGAUAUUGAAAAGAGGAAGUUCCGGUCGCUGCUGCUUCAUAAACGCACAGCAAUACAACACGCCUACCACCUGCUUGUCAGCAAACAGAGGCCCUCGGGGAUCUCCUUCAAGCAGUUCGAUGGGCUGAUGCAGUUUUACAAACCUCGGAUGAGCGCAAGGGACCGCCACCUGACGUUCAAAGCACUGAAUCAAAGCAAUACGCCUUUCCUCAGUCUGAAGGAUAUGUACAAUUUCUAUGAAGUUGUUGGCUUGAAGUGGAAGGCGAAAAGGAACCGCGAGCACUGGUUCGAUGACCUUCCACAGACGGCGUUCCUGAUUUUUAAAGGCAUCAACAUUCUGGUGAAUUCCCGGACCUUCCAGUACACCAUGUAUACCUUGGUGGCAGUGAACGGCCUCUGGAUCCUCGUGGAAACCUUCACGCUCCGAGGCGGAAUCUUUCCCCGGGACGUCCCUUGGAAUUACAUAGUUUUCCUUACAAUCUAUGGGAUUGAAGUGCUACUAAAGAUCACUGGAUUGGGGCCUGUAGAGUAUCUGUCCUCUGGCUGGAAUUUUUUUGACUUCUCGGUCACCUUGUUUGCAUUCCUGGGACUCCUGGCAUUGGCUUUCAACAUGGAGCCAUUCUACUUCAUUGUAGUUCUGCGGCCUUUGCAGUUACUCAGGCUGUUUAAGCUGAAGAAACGUUACCGGAACGUCUUGGACACCAUGUUCGAGCUGUUUCCCAGGAUGGCCAGCCUGGGUUUGACGUUGCUCAUCUUCUAUUACUGCUUCGCCAUCAUCGGCAUGGAGUUCUUCUCAGGAAAGCUCUACCCAAACUGUUGCAACACCAGCACGGUGGCCGAUGCCUAUCGCUGGGUGAACCGCACUGUUGGGAACCGGACGGUGAUGGAAGAAGGCUACUACUAUCUCAACAACUUCAACAACAUCCUGAGCAGCUUCGUUACACUGUUUGAGUUGACAGUCGUCAAUGACUGGUAUAUCAUCAUGGAAGGAGUGACAUCGGAGACGUCUCACUGGAGCCGGCUCUAUUUCAUGAUUUUCUAUAUUGUGACUAUGGUGGUGAUGACCAUAAUCGUCGCCUUCAUAUUGGAGGCAUUUGUGUUCCGCAUGAACUACACCCGAAAGAACCGAGAUUCGGAAGAAGACAGUGGCGUCGUCUUUGAGAGGGAGGUCUCCAAGGAAGAAAUUACAGCUGUAGCAGAAAUGUACGGGAGGAGCGGCAAUGCCUCAGCUGCUGGCCAGAUGCUCCGGGUCAUUUCCCAGAUGGACAGGCACCGGCAAAGCUCCAUGCUGUUCCUGGGACGGAGAUCAAGGACCAAAAGCGAUUUGAGCAUGAAAAUGUAUGAGGAAGAGAUACAGGAAUGGUAUGAAGAACAUUCCAGGACAGAGGAGAGGCAGCUGACCUGGCAGGAGGAGGAAGAGCUGCGGAGACCGCUCUCGCAAACUUCGGGCCUCCGGCAGCGCUCCCAAACCAUUAUUUAAGCCCAGUUCAUGCAAACAGCAGCUUCUCCUAUGCAUUACCCUCCUCCUCCUCUUCCUUAACCUUGCAGUGUAUGUGUUGAAUUUAAUGCAUAGCGUAGCCUGGCAAAACCACCUCCUGAGCUCCUUUGGAUGAGAGAGUUUGGGUCCUACUUCUUGCAAUUGCUGUACAAGAACUCGGCAGGCCUGCCAGCGCAACGGCGGUCUGAUGCAUAGCCCAAGCCCCUCUUGGUAGGCUGGGCCUAAGAAAGGGAGCUUGCCAAGCUGGGUCCCCAUCAUGGUGCAUUUCCGGCAUUUGUCUCCUGCAAACCAGUUGCUCUCUUCCUGUAAACACUCUGUGGGAUCAAGUGGCCAGCUAAACCAUGCUCAGAGCUUGACCCCCAUUGUCUUAAAAGUUCAUCAGCAUCCGAAAAGGCCCUCUGCCGCUUAACUUUUGCUUCCCAUCACGGUAGCAAGGCCUUCCAGUUUGUAACAGGCCAGGGUGGGCGGAGAGGGGGGCACACGUUCCUCAACGGCUUUGGAAAGGAAAUGAGCUCUCGUUUCCGUCAGCCACUUGGCGACAUAGUGCAGCCUCUCUCCCUCCUCCCCCGGACAAGAUGGUGGUUCUGUUUUAGGCAUAACAAAUCCUAAAUUUAUGGGAACCUGGGAAUGAUUAAAGCCUAGGAAUCUCCCCCAGGAAACAACUGAACACUGUGGCCAGGAAAAGGGCUGCAUGCGUCUGAUGAGGCCGCCCCGACCCUUGAUAUUAAAGCAAUAACUCCUUGAUGGAAGAAAUGUUUAAGCUGUUCACUUGCCAGCAUUGCAAAGACAUCUCAGUUGGGCCUGGAGCUUUGUUACUUUUGCACAGAAAUCUCAACUCGGGGGGCUUUUUUGGGGGGCUUUUUCUGAGAACCCCCUGCAUAAUAAGAGACAAUAGGCAGUGCGGGGAACCGGCGGCAAGCCUCGUUCUGAGGUCGUCUGGCGACUCGCAGUGUUCACUUCAGAUUAGAUCUGCUCUUAGUCCAAGCCACAGGGGGAAAACUGCACCCCUUCCAGCUGCCUGCAAAGCAGGCAACUUCGAAGCAGCGGGGACAGAACUGCCCCCUCCAUUCAGCACUGCAGUUGGCAAAGAGACGAGCACUGGGACACCGUCCUUCCGUGUCUGUUUUGCCGCUGCAGCCCCAGCUGGUAAGAGAGGAAACACAGCUGCUUUCCUUCCACAAGGGAAAGCUUGGGAUCUGCCUGAUUCACUGCAGAAUUUUUCCCAAGUUUGGAGAGGAGUUGUUCUGACUGCAUAAAUCUGGAGAUUGGCUUAGAGGAGGCCAACAUAACCGUGAAUCACACUAUUCCUGUACUCGUUUGCAUCUCCAAUAAGUUGAUGUGUCCCUAGAAAGAAUGGAAGGCUACUUUAAGGUAAUCAGAAGAGAUACUCCCUUCAAAUGACUACUACUAGGAGAAGGAAAGGUUAGCCUUACUAGGCUUGCCCCUAGGGAAGCCCCAGGCAAUGAGAUCCUUUUGAGAUCCUCACUCCUUUUGGAAGUGGAUUUACAGAGCUGGCUGCCCCACCAGGUGAGAGAACCACACGGCUUGUAAGAUCCACUUGGGGGCUUGUGCAUGUGUGUCCACAUGCACGGGGGGAACCCACCAACUCCGACUCUUGCAUCACUCUCCCCUGCUCUCCCAAUUUUGAUGCGUGGAACUACUUCUCGAUUUAAAAAGAGAGAAAAAAAAAUUCUGACCUCAGUAGGUGAAAUGGAAGUUUCUGCCUCAUCACUUCUCAGACCACUAAGGAACAAUCCUGUGCAGCGCUUACCCAGUCCCCCUGCAGAGACAGCAGGAUGCAGGAGGUCCAGUCCAGCUGUUCCUCCCCAACAGCUGAGCAGCAUUUUGGACCUUACCCUAUAAAGCGUAAGUGAUGUUAAGGAACAUGAGCUACAGACAUGUAGCUACAGUAAAUGAUCACUGUAGGGCUGGGAACCGAUUCAUGCUUCCUCGGCUGCAUUGCUAACGAACUGACCUUCAAUUUGCACUGUAUUUUUUGGUGGUUUUUUUUAUAUAAAACAGAUAUAAAUAAGCUAGUAAUAAUUCCAGAAGCUACUUUCUUCCAGACAUCUUGUAGGCUGGAAGGAAAAUAAACCUCAGAGUAUGGGGCAUCCCCUUCUAACCGUCCUUUCCCUGGCUUUCUUCAGCACUCUUAACUCCAAAGACAAUCACUUGUAGGCAUGAAACACUUGGAGAGUUUCAUAGGCUGGGAGUUUUUAUGGAAAUUGUAAUGUCUGAAACAGUAUUAUAUAGAUGUUUCCAGGCACGUUUAUUAAUAAAACUUUUUAAGCAUUA